UCAUCACGCCGCGCGUCCGCCGCGACCCGCGUGCUCGGACAGCUGGGUCUGCAGAUGGAGGGGUAUUGGUCUUGCGGGUGUCCCGAGGCCGGCAGGGACGAAACAUGGCACUGCGCUUUUCACAGGCAAUGCAGUUGUACUACUGUGGAGGCCAGCGAUUGGGAGCUGCCGCGGCGGAAGUCCGGAGAGGUGGCAUCAAAUUUAAGCUUGCCGAAAAAACUGCCCACAGCAGCCUCGCCCUAUUCAGAGAGGGUACGGCGGUUACAUAUGGCUUAGUUGGAUUGGAACCCACCCAAGUCGCACUGAAUGCGGAGCGCUUCCGAGAGUGGGCCGUGGUGCUGGCAGACACGGCGGUCAGCAGUGGGAGGCACUACUGGGAGGUGACCGUGGGGCGUUCCCAGCAGUUCCGCAUAGGAGUGGCCGAUGCCGACAUGUCCCGCGAUAGCUGCAUCGGUAUGGAUGAACGAUCUUGGGUGUUCUCCUAUGCGCAGCGCAAGUGGCACACCAUGUGGGCCAACGAGAAAGCUCCUGUGGAGGGUGUUGGGCAGCCAGACAAGGUGGGGCUACUGCUGGACUGUGAGGCCCAGAAGCUCAGCCUGGUGGAUGUGAGCCAGGUCUCCCUGAUCUGCACGCUACAGACUGCCUUCCGGGGUCCUGUAGUGCCUGCGUUUGCCCUCUGGGAUGGAGAGCUGCUGACCCACUCAGGGCUUGAGGUGCCCACAGGCCUCUAGUGUGUCCUUCACGGGAGUCUCCAGUCAUGUACUCUGCUGGGGUCACAUUUAGAAUGGAGGCUUUUUACGAUCUCUGGUUCCCACAGCUCUGCAUGGAGUCCUCUGGGUAGCUCUAUCGUCCUCCCUUCCCUUGCCUGGCGAAAGCUGGGCAUACUGCCAGCACCCCUCCUGCCCCACCCAAAUUUCCGCCAGUUCCUAGACAGGCACAAGUGUGUCCCCUGACUUGGCUUCCGUCAGUCUGUCUGUACCACCCAUGUCCAGGCCAGUUUCAGACUGUCAGUCCUGAGUCUUUUUCUUUCACCUUUGUUUGAAUUUAUUAAUCAUUGGGAUAAUUAAUCAUUGGGAUACCACUCUUUCCCUUUGUGGCCGGUUUAUUCUUGGGCUCUACCAACUCUACCUCUGGCUGGAGGAGGGGUGGGCUCAGUGACUUGACCCAUCCUCUGCAGCACAGACGGAGUUUAAGCUUUAUGGACUGCGUUGCAGGAGAGGACUAAAGCCUGCCCGACUCCUCCAUUGCCUCAGCACCACAGAGCCUCUGUCCUCCCAGAACAGUUGUCUUUGCCUGACGUUCAGCCUCCUUAAUCUACAUCGCUGCCAGCCAGCCACAGCCAUCAGUCAUCAUGCCAGUUAUAGCAUGACCAAAGGGGAGGACUAGGGGACUGCUGCUGGAAAUUGUUUAAUUCUUGAGGUCUGUCUUCUACAUAGCUGGGACUUCCAGAGAGAAAAGCCGAGGUCCUGACCCUUUUGAAACCCAGUCUCCAGCCCCUAGCAGCAGAACACAUGUCACCCAAAGCAGUUUCAGGCUGAGGGAAACCUGAUGGAGUGGGCAGGCAUGGAUACAAAAUAUGUAUUGUUUGGGCUCUGUAUGACCCUGUGAUAUUUUUUUAUAUGAUGAUGAUGAAGCUGG